AUGGCGACCGCACGGGUUGCGAACUCUAGUCCCUUCAAGCUCCCCGUAACACUGGUCGCUCUUUCUUCAACAUCGAUUGUUCACCUGAGAUCGGCACAAUUCAAGGCCAUUGAUGGUGCCUCCAAGACACUACCGACUUUGAGCAGUAGGGUUGAUCACGAUGGCGAUCAUGAAAUGCACGACCAUAGUGAAGAUGACCGCGUCAAGGCACUCUCCGAGUUCACCAUCUUCCCUAAGCUUCCCCUUGAAAUGCGAGAUGAGAUUUGGAAGUAUUGUGUUCUUCUACAGCCUCGUAUUGUUGAACUCAAGUCGUUCCUCCUUCCUAAAAAAGCCGAGAAGAACCAGGCAGUCAUACUUGGCCAGGUCAACCAGCAUACCAGAAGACAGGUCUACACAUUAUAUGGUUAUGUUCAGCUGAAGAAUAGAAAACUCAACAAAACCGUUGUCUUCAAUCCCAAAGUCGACAUUCUUUACUUAGCACACAAGACAAUUGAGGACAAUAAAUGGAAUAAAGAAAAGCUCAUGACAUGUCUCGAGCAAGCUGAUGUCCUGGACAAAGUCAGAUGUGUGGCUCUGUUUUGUAAGAAAGCAGCAGUGGCCGAAUGGACCUGUUUCUUUCAGCACUGCACCUCCUUGGAACUCUUGUUCCUGGUGGUUGAGCAGGUGUAUCCUCUGGACCCUAAGACAUACUCCCCUUUGCAGCCAGAUUUUAUAUUUGAGGAUAUCGAGCUGCACCAACAUCAAGGCAGUAAGGAGCGAUGGGGGCGGGAGCUUGGACCGUUGGAACAAUAUCGAAAGAAUGUGCAGGAGUCUCUCGCACGGGGCAGUGAGAGAGUUGCACCUCAUGUUGCCUUGGUCAAGGAGGUGUGGAACUUGCCAACUGGAUCUAAUUUCUGGACCGCAUCAAUGAGUUGA